GUCUGGAUGUGUUGAGCCGCUGUCCCUGUGCUGGAGGAACAGUCCGCGGGCAACAUGCAAACGACUCCUGACGGUCCGUGGGAAGUCUCGGUCUGUUCCUGAGCGCACACGCAGCUUUGAAUGCACCACAGACAUGUUUUACUGUUAAGACCCGUUUGUCUCAGGUAUAAACCGCAGAGACGAGCCGCCCUGCUGUGAAGGCUUGCGGACAGCAUCUCCACACGGACUUCGCUGGGACUGGAGCGGGAUCAUGUUUGACUAUCUGGAAUUUCAGGCUUUCGGUCCGGGAGAAGUCAUGGACCUGUACAGCACGUCCAGCCCCGGCUGCAUGCUGCAGGAGCCGGAGCAGGAGCAGGAUUUGUCAGCCUUCUUCCCCGAGCUGAUGGAGGCGGACUGGCAGCAGGAGCGCUGCUCGCAGUUUGGAAGCCAGAGCUCCAGCUCCAGCUCAGACGACCUGUUCGCCAGCCCGCCCUCCCCGCUGCCCCCUCCUCGCACUUACAAACCCUGUUUUGUGUGUCAAGACAAGUCCUCAGGCUACCACUACGGGGUCAGCGCCUGCGAGGGCUGCAAGGGCUUCUUCCGCCGCAGCGUGCAGAAAAACAUGGCGUACACCUGCCACCGAGACAGAAACUGCAUCAUCAACAAGAUCACCAGGAACCGCUGUCAGUACUGCCGGCUGCAGAGGUGCUUCGCUGUGGGAAUGUCCAAGGAGUCAGUGAGAAACGACAGGAACCGGAGGAAGGGCAAGAAGGAAGCGGUGAAGAUGACCAUCAUGGAGACGUACGAACUGACGGCCGAGCUCGGCUUGAUAGUGGAGAAGAUCUGCAGGGCUCACAGGGAGACCUUCCCCUCUCUGUGCCAGCUGGGAAAAUACACCACAAACUCCAGCUCGGACCACAGGAUCCAGCUGGACCUCGGGCUGUGGGACAAGUUCAGCGAGCUCGCCACCAAGUGCAUCAUCAAGGUGGUGGAGUUCGCCAAGCGAGUGCCCGGUUUCACCGGCCUGACCAUCGCCGACCAGAUCACUCUGCUGAAAACCGCCUGCCUGGACAUCCUGAUCCUGAGGAUUUGCACUCGUUACACUCCAGACCAGGACACCAUGACCUUCUCUGACGGGUUGACCCUGACCCGCACUCAGAUCCACAACGCCGGAUUUGGGCCUCUGACAGAUCAGGUUUUCACAUUUGCCGGCCAGCUGCUGCCGCUGCAGAUGGAUGACACAGAGAGUGGCCUCCUCAGCGCCAUCUGUCUCGUCUCUGGAGACCGUCAGGACCUGGAGGAGCCAUCUAAGGUGGAGGUGCUGCAGGAGCCACUGCUGGAGGCGCUGAAGAUUUACUCCCGCAAACGGCGGCCCAGCAUGCCCCUCAUGUUCCCCAAGGCCCUCAUGAAGAUCACUGACCUGCGCAGCAUCAGCGCCAAAGGAGCUGAGAGGGUGGUGACGCUGAAGAUGGAGAUCCCGGGCUCCAUGCCCCCUCUGAUCGAGGAGAUGCUGGAGGAUCUGCAGAACCUGGAGAAACACCAGAAGAAACACUCAGAGGGGGGCAGAGUGGAGGAAAACACCAGCUAGCACACACACACACACACACACACACACAGCUUCUCCUCACAUCACACGAACUCCUCUGACUUCUUGCUGUGCAGCCGAUCAAACGCUCCCUCCCACAGAAAACACUGACAGAAUAAACGACAGACGCAGUCCGGAGGGUUUUCUGCCGUCUUACCUCAGUCACUGCGUUUAAAGACGACCUCGCUGAUCAAAGAAGAGCUAAUUUCUCUGUUCAAAUUCUGCUUCAAACGGAAAAAAGAAAAUGAUGCAGUAAUGUUUUAAUCUAUCACUUUGUAAUUUCCUUUAAUCCCUCCUCAUAACCACUGGAAAUCACCUUUCUGUCAGGUUUCUACUGUAUUUAUAUUUGCAUGAGAUACCACAUGGAUUUAUUUAACAGUUCCUUUAGCGUUAGCGUAGCAAAGUUUGUAAACAUAUGAACUUCAUUUUUUGUUAUUUCGAGCUUUUUACAUACUAUGAAUUUUUCUCACUUCUAAAAGUCUGUUUGUACACACAAUUUAUUGAUUUCCACAUGUGUAAAAAGAAAGCUCUGGAAAGCAGAUUUUAUGUAUCUACAAAAGGGAAAUGUAAAUGUUCUUACUCAUGAAGGGGAAUGUUCCUAACUGGCAUUAACACAGUUCACAAACAUAUUCACAGUAGCCGAGGUCGUGAACGAAAAUGGGAACGCAAGUACGGGAAAAAACGUACAUCCUGCUUUAUGUACUUAUUUGUUAUAUUGUUUUAUAUAUACUGAUGCAGUUUAAAGCAAUAGUUUGACAUUUUAGGAAAACCAUUUAAUGGUUGAUAUGAAGCUGGAGCCAUCAGCAGAUUAGCGUAGCUUAGCAGAAUUCAUUCAUUCCUCCCUAUUAAACAAAUACAAUGCUUAACGUAUAUGUAUUUUACCCUCCAGUGAGGUGAAAUUUCUAGAUUUUGGGCUAUGAAUCAUCGUUAUUUUGUGUCACUGACUGGUGUUUAGAGAUGUUCAUCUUGUCUAUGAGUCUAUGAUACCGAAUCUUUAAACCGACGUCACUGUGCUGAAUCGCCGUUGUCACUGAGCUAAUCAGCAGCAGUGCAGCUCUUCGCUGUUGACUGAGGGCACCGUCAGCUCACUGUGGUUCACAGUGACUCUCAUUAAACGCCUGUUGAAAGACAGGAAAAGCCUCCAGAGAUGACCAGAGUUUCAUCACUCUUGCAGGCUGCUGAGCUGCUAAUCUUUAAAGGAAAAGCAAACACAACAGUCAUUUCCUGCUAAAUGUGCUGCACAGCAUUGUGGCAUUAUUAGCAGGAAAUAGUGCACACGCCGCGGACGCUAAUGUUGUACCUUUUUUUUUACAGCACUAUAUAACGCAUUCAUUUCACACUCAGGAUCCAGAGAGUAAAUAUGCGGCUCUGUAAUGAUUUCGUACACAGCUUCCGAAUUCUGGUUGCCUAGCAACCUGACAUUGACUCCAGUAAAGAAAACAGUCCCGCACACAUCCCCCUGGAAAACUGCAAACUAAUGUUUUUACUCUUUGAUUUUAAAAAAGAACAAACAAGAUGUAACAUGUCAAUUAGUGGACUGGUACGUGAAUUUAGGAUAGAAUUAUGCUAGCUCGCGGCCUCCAGUCUUUGUGCUAAGCUAAGCUAACCGGCUGCUGGGUCCAGCUUUAUAUUGAACUGGCAGACAUGCGAGUGGUAUCGAUCCACUGAGAUCUGCUCCUGUUUCUCAGUAUCAAAUAUAAGGAGUUUCUAAACUGUAAGUAAGCUAACACACAACUUUAUUCUUUUUCUUGUAAAAGUUGUAAUCACAGAUGACGUGUGUGCAGUUAUCAGAAGGCCUGGAUAAAAUGUUCAGGAUUCAUACUGAAAGGAUUGUUUUUUACCUUACUUUGAUGAGUUCUGUAUAAACAUGUUUUCUGCAAAAGAACUUUUAUUUUUCAUUCAACAAAAUGAGCCUCAGUGUUUGAUGUUGUUUUAUCACAGACUGCCAUACGUGAACUUUACCUAAAUAAGUUAUACUGUACUGUAGAAAUAAUACUAUUAAUAAACAUAAAGAGUAAAACUGUAUCUGUACUUGUAACAGGAGGAAAACGUGAUCAAAUGUUGGAGAAAAGAAAAAGCUGCACACAAAGCAGUUUUGUCUCAUCGUUAUCUUGCAGCCUGUGUUCUGUAAAAACUCAUGUGCCUACUCGAAAUGUGCCAAUAUCUUCCAUGUCUGGGAAUUUUACUUAUUUUGCAAAUGCAUCAGCCUGGAAUAGAUCACAUUUCAUAUGGUUUUUGUUGGUCUAUUAAAGUCUUGUACUGGAGUUCA